AUGGCCGCGAGCAGGGUUGUAUCAACUAGUACAGAAGAAGAGGAAAACUCGCCAGAAAAAAUUCACUCUCUCAAGUUUUUCAACACUGGAUCAUCUCAAGUUCCAAACUUUCCAGAGUUUGUAAGUGUGACUAUGGUGAAUGAAGUUGAGAUUGAUUACUAUGACAGCAACACCAGGAGAAAAGUUCCCAAACAGGACUGGAUGAAUGAAGCAGUCGACUCACAGUACUGGGACAGAAACACUGAGAGGUUGAUGGGAACUCAACAAUCCUUCAAAGCAAACAUUGAGAUCGUGAAGCAACGUUUGAACCAAACUGGAGGUGUUCAUAUUGUCCAGUUCAUGUAUGGCUGUGAAUGGGACGAUGAAACUGAUGAAGUGGGAAAUGGAUUUCAUCAAUACGGUUUCGAUGGAGAAGAUUUCCUCUCUUUCGACCUGAAGACAGAAACAUGGAUCGCUCCAGUUCAACAGGCUGCUCCCACCAAACACAAGUGGGACAAUGACAAAGCUCUUUUGGCUCGGUGGAAGCAGUACGUCACAACAGAAUGUGUUGAUUGGCUGAAGAAGUAUGUGGAGUUUGGUCGGAGCUCACUGAUGAGAAAAGAUCUUCCCUCAGUGUCUCUCCUCCAGAAGACUCCCUCCUCUCCGCUCACCUGCCACGCUACAGGUUUCUACCCCGACAGAGCCGACUUGUUCUGGAAGAAAGACGAGGAGGAGCUCCAUGAGGACGUGGUCAAAGGAGAGAUCCUCCCCAACCAUGACGGGAGCUUCCAGAUGAGCGUUGAUCUGGAUCUUUCAGGGCUCAAAGAUGAAGACUGGGGGAGGUACAGCUGUGUGUUUCAUCUGGCUGGAGGACAGGAAGUCUCCAAGAGACUGGACAAACGGGACAUCAGGACCAACUGGAAGACAAAUGAUGGAGGGUUUCCCACUGGAGCUGCUGUUGGAAUUGUUGUUGCUGUUCUGGUCGUCCUGGCAGGCGUUGGACUCGCCGUCUACUUGAAGAAACGACCUCAAGCCUCUGACACUUCCUCUACAUCAGGACAAGAUCCAUCCAAGAAGAAGAUGUUAGAAACCUCUUCAUGAAAGGAAGAGUCCAGAGAGGCUCCAGUCAUUGAGUCUGAUGGAGCAAGAGCCAAAAGAAAUGAUGGAGAAGUUGCUGAUUGCUCCACUCUGAGCUGCUCUCCAGGACGGGGCUCCUUCCUCCCUGUGGAUUGACUUUGCUUUGGUGGAAUCUUGCUGCAGCUUGUGGCUCUUUGAGUGUGUUUGGAUCAGAUGUUUUGGAGGAGGAGGCUCCUGCAGCAGUUCUCACAGUGACAACUCAGUGAAAAUCCUCUUUGGGCUUCAAUGGACAUGAAGACAGUCUGGAUUAGAACUGAUGUGUUGAGCGAGUUUCUCUCCUCCACUGAUUUCCUCCUGACUAAACUAUUGAUCUGCUUCAUUCACUUGUUGCUUCUCAUCACUUCCUUCUGAUCUUUUCUUGGUUUUAUUUGAUCUCAGAUGGUGAAAUGUUUUGGACUUUGCUUCACAUUGACAGCAGAAACCAGGAGCUUUUUCCUUUAUGGUGUCAGUUCCUCAGAGGACUUUAAAGCAGCUAAAGAGCUGCUUUCAUCUCAGCUUUUGCUCUUUCAGUCAUAUUUA